ACAACUGUUUUCCAAGUCCCAAAACGCCUCUGUGCCAGUAUCCAUGUUCUUUUGCAGUUACACUUAAGGAGAGUCGCAAACCUUAACUACGACAUUCUUCAGUGACACAGUACACUCAUCUUUCUUGAGAUACCAUACCAAGAUAAACAUGUGCACUGGUGCUGAAUCUCGAGGAGAUAUAAAUGGUGAUCCUGUGAUUUCAAAGGUUGGAGGAGGAGACUAUGAGGAUAGAAUGAGAACCAUAGAAUUGGAAGGUGGUGGAGAAGAAAGAGCUUGCAACUGUGGCACAUUUGUUCAAGGGCUUCUUCAAGGCAUACACCAUCAUCUCACUGCCCUUAAUCUCCCUACCCUUUCUGCUUCUGAGUUGAAAGAAGAGUUGCAAUCUCUUGCAAAGGUUGCAUGUCCCAUAAUAAUGACUAGCCUAAUGAUGUACUCUCGAUCUGCUGUGUCCAUGUUGUUCUUGGGUCGGCAAGGGAAAGUAGAGCUAGCAGGAGGCUCACUAGCACUUGGAUUUGCCAACAUCACUGCAAAUUCAGUCCUCAAAGGCCUCACUAUGGGAAUGGACCCAAUUUGUUGCCAAGCAUAUGGUGCAAAGAGAUGGUCAGUUCUCAACCAAACCUUUCUCAGAACUCUAUGUCUCCUCCUACUUGUUGCCAUACCAAUUUCAGUUUUAUGGCUAAACAUGGAACCAAUCCUUCAAAUGCUAGGUCAAGACCCUGAAGUCACAAAAGUUGCCCAAGUUUACAUGGUCUUCUCUAUUCCAGAGUUGCUAGCUCAGGCUCAUCUUAAUCCAUUGAGGUCUUUCCUUAGAACUCAAGGCUUAACCACCCCAGUUACUAUAGCUGCUUCUUGUGCAGCACUCUUGCACCUUCCUAUUAACUAUUUCUUGGCCACAUACUUAAACUUGGGGGUAAAGGGUAUUGCAUUAGCCACUGGUUUGAACUCAAUAAACAUGACUUUGGGUUUGUUGCUAUAUAUUUUGUUCUCAAAGAAACCACUUAAGCCUUGGCAAGGUGCUACACUUCUCUCAGCCUUUCAUGGAUGGAAACCACUGCUGAGUUUGGCAUUGCCUAGUUGCAUCUCAGUGUGCUUGGAGUGGUGGUGGUAUGAGAUAAUGUUAUUUCUGUGUGGCUUGCUGAGCAAUCCACAAGCCACAGUUGCUACCAUGGGGAUCCUCAUUCAAACACUAGGGUUCUUGUAUGUGUUCCCAUUUUCACUAAGCAUAGCAUUGACAACAAGAAUUGGUCACUCACUAGGUGCAGGGCAAGCAUCCAAGGCCCAAAGCACAGCCAUGAUAGGGUUUUUCACAGCAUUCACCUUGGGGAUCACUGCCUUCAUUUUGCUGUUUUUUGUGAGGAAAUCAUGGGGUAAACUUUUCACUAAUGAGACACAAAUUGUUGAGUUGGUCACAACCAUACUUCCCAUUCUAGGGUUGUGUGAGGUUAGCAAUUGGCCCCAAACAGUUUCAUGUGGGAUUUUGUCAGGCACUGCUAGGCCUUAUUUGGGUGCAAGAAUAAACUUGUGUGCAUUUUAUCUAGUUGGAUUGCCAGUUUCUGUUUUUGCUACAUUCAUAUACAAGUAUGAAUUGGUGGGUUUGUGGUCUGGAAUGGUGGCUGCACAGGCUUCAUGUCUUUGUAUGAUGGUUUACACAUUGAUUCAAACAGAUUGGGGGCAACAAUGUAAGAGGGCUUUGGAGCUAGCUCAGAAAGCAACAGAGCAGGAAAAUAAAAAUGAUGAGGAAAGUGGGUUGCUUGGUUCUGAUCAAUGAGAUUUUUACAAAUUCAUUUUUUUUUUUGCGCGGUGUUAGUUAAUUGAUUAACCAUAUAUUGUUCAUUUCAGUAACCAUUUAUUGUUGAUUCAUUAUUAGGAUGUACAAAAGAAAAAAAGCUUGUGCAUUGUGAACAACUCAUUCACAAUCAAAGCUUUAUUUAGUUAGCAAUAUGCCAUAGAUGAUACGAAAAAUUGCUUAGUGG